AUGACAACUUGUCUUGAAUGGACUUCAAUAGCCCAUUGUAUCACGGACUCACCACAAGUCAUCUUGCAGAAACUUUUCCUGGAGCUAACGUUUCAAAAAGGCAAAAUCCUUCCACAUCGAAAAUUUCUUGCGCAACGAGGAGAUCAAUAUAGUGAUUCACACAGGGCAUGUAUACAUGCGGCGUUGAAUAUACUGGAAUAUCAACGCAUUCUGGACGAGGAGACGUAG